GUUUUUUUUUUUUUGGGUUCCGUCACCUGCCCCCACAAGAAGACCAGCACAGAGUGAGAGAGGAGAGACUGAAGAGAAGAUUAGUCUAGUCCUUGUGCUUUUCCUCUGCCCUCUUCUUUCUUCUUACUCAGAUGGGUAUGGUUCUCUGACCACUCUCACCCUCACAUGUCUUUGUUCUUGUUCAUCUAAGUUUCUCGGGUGGGUGGUGUUUGAGUGGUAUCAGUUAAGUUUCGACCUUUUGGUUGCUUUUGAUUCGAUUGCGUUUAUCUUUCUCUCGGUCUCUCUCUCUCUCUCUCUCCCCGAUCUGGGAGGUGUGUAUGAUUUCGAACUUUUUGGGUGAGCUUGAAGGGGAAGUGAGAGAGGGGGGGGGGGGGGGGGGGGGCUUUGGUAUUGGAGAAGAAGAUUGCAACUUCAUUAUGGGCUUUGAUUUGGUGAUGAUGGCGAUGGAGGUAGUGGUGGUGGAGAAGUAGAACAAGGGUGGGCCUUUUUUGACCGUGGAAAAAAGAGAGAGAGAGAGAGGCAGCGGAUAAAGCAAAAGAGUGUGAGAAAAGAUAACCAAUUUCAUGGUCUUUGUUGCUUGCUUGUGAUUGUCAAAGAGAGUAACAGAAAGCAAAAGCUUCUCUCUUUUUCCUCCAAGCCUUAUGGGACUCAUUGCUCUUGCAGCUCAACUAGAAUUUCUGUUUUUGGGUGUGUAAGGGGAUUUCGGUCUUCUCUGUUUGCUCGAUUCACGUAGAGCUAAAAAAUGCCGAUGUAUCAGCCGCCUGGUCCGAGAAGGGUUGGGGAUCUCAAGUUUGAUGUGGGCGGUGGUGGGCAAGUUCUAGAUCUGGAGACUGCUGUGAAAGAUGGGAUUCUGGGCGGCGGCGGUUUGUUAGUUUGCGGUGGCGUUGCGGCGGAGAAGUUGGAUCUGAAGAAGAUGAUAGAAGAGCUGGAGUCCAUUGAGAUUCCCUCGGUGUUCAUUUGCCCAAUCUCAUUGGAGCCAAUGCAAGACCCUGUGACGCUUUGCACGGGUCAGACGUAUGAGAGAUCCAACAUUCUCAAAUGGUUUAACUUGGGGCACUAUACUUGCCCCACAACAAUGCAGGAGCUUUGGGACGACUCGGUCACGCCCAACAAGACCCUGCACCAGCUGAUUCACAGCUGGUUUUCGCAGAAGUACUCGGCCAUGAAGAAGAGGUCUGAGGAUGUGCAGGGGAGGGCUUUGGAAAUUUUGGAGACAUUGAAGAAGGUGAAAGGCCAAGCUAGAGUUCAAGCUCUCAAGGAGCUGAGGCAGGUAGUGACGGCUCACUCUUCGGCUAAGAACACAGUGGUGGACAAUGGAGGUAUUGCUUUGAUUUCUUCUCUAUUGGGUCCUUUUACUUCGCACGCUGUUGGGUCCGAAGCAAUUGGGACCCUCGUGCAUUUGGACCUCAGUUCUGAGUCCAAGACGAGUCUGAUGCAACCCGCAAAGAUUUCGUUAAUGGUUGAUAUGUUGAAUGAGGGGUCGAUUGAGACCAAGAUCAAUUGUACGAAAUUGAUUGAUGUUUUGAUGGAGGGCAAGGAUUUGGAGUCAGAAAUUGCCUCCAGUUUGAGUCUUGUGGUUGGAUUGUUGAGGCUAGUGAAAGAUAAGAGGCACUCGAAAGGGGUGUUGCCUGGACUGAGUUUGUUGAAGACAAUUUGUUCGCACGAGUCAGUCAGGAGCUCGGUUGUGAGUGUUGGGACAGUUCCUCAGGUGGUUGAGCUCUUGCCGAGCUUGAAUCACGAGUGUUUGGAGCUAGCGCUUCAUAUCCUAGAAGUUUUGUCUACUCUUCAAGAAGGAAGAGAGGCUUUGAGAUGUUGCGCCAAGACAAUCCCUAGUGUGGUUGCACUGUUGAUGAAGGUUUCGGAGACGUGUACGCAGCUUGCAUUGUCAAUCUUGUGGGCUGUUUGCAAGCUCGCCCCAGACGAAUGUGCUUCCGUUGCAGUUGAAGCAGGUCUAGCAGCGAAACUGCUUCUCGUGAUUCAGAGUGGAUGCAAUCCUACACUGAAGCAAAGGGCUGCUGAGCUCUUGAAGUUGUGUAGUCUAAAUUACACCACUACUACAUUCAUUUCCAAGUGUAAGCUUACUAGAACAAUACAAUGAAGCGAAAAAAUCGGUGUACUGGCACUUUGUUGAUAUACUUCAUUCUCACAAUUUUACUUUGUCCCAAUGGAUAAAGAAGCCAAAGAGCUUAUGGGAUCCAAGAAAAUUCAAGUCUAAAAGCCAAUUGGUGUUUCUGAGGUACCCUUCUUCCUUGUGUAUACUAGAAAUCUUUGAUUGUAUUGGAACAAUUGUUUCCACCACCAGAAAAGAAUCAUAAUUUCAUAAUGUGGAUGGAUAGACUGGGCACUCUAUUGCAAUUUUCAUUGUUACGAUUCCACUGUAUAAGCUGGCACCAUGCAGUUUUGUGUAUUCCAUCAGUCUCUCCACCAUUGUAGAGCUUCUUCUUUUCUUUAAUUGAAAAUUUUCUCCAUUGUAGAGUUGGCACAUUCA